UGACACCGUUAUGUUGCAGGGCGCAUGCUCACUCCCAAGUUUCCUGGUGCCUUUUCUAUUCCACCUUAUGAAACUUUUUCCGCGGCGUGGUCUCACCCAGGAUUUAAGGCAUAGGUGCCGCAGAGCCUAGAAGCUGCGAGUCGCCGGGAGUAGAGGGAAGAGGCCAGGGCAGCACGGUGGGGGGGCGCGGGAAGAGGGAGGGAAGGUGGGUUCUGGACACUAGGAGCCGGGGGACCCAGCCGCCACCGCCGCCCCUAGCGGGGAGCAUCCGGGAGAGGGGACCCCACCAUGCCCAAAGUCUUCCUGGUGAAGAGGAGGAGCCCGGGAGCCUCGGUCCGCAGUUGGGAUGAGCUCCCGGAUGACAAAAGGGCAGACACCUACAUCCCAGUGGGCCUGGGCUGUCUGCUCCACGACCCCAACGAGGACUGCCGCAGCGACGGCGGCAGUAGCAGCGGCGGCUGCAGCAGCAGCACCGGGGAGCCUGGAGGCGCCGAAAGCAGCUCGUCUCCGCCAGCCCCCGACCGUGAAACCCCGGAGCUCCGCGACGCCGAGGGCCCCGAUGGACACCUGGCGGCGACGCAACGCCCGGUUGCCAGGUCAAAAAUCAAGUUCACCACAGGCACCUGCAGCGACUCUGUGAUUCACAGCUGUGACUUAUGUGGCAAGGGCUUCCGCCUGCAGCGCAUGCUCAACCGCCACCUCAAGUGCCACAACCAGGUGAAGAGGCACCUGUGCACCUUCUGCGGCAAGGGCUUCAAUGACACCUUUGACCUGAAGAGGCAUGUCCGCACGCACACAGGAAUUCGCCCCUACAAAUGUGAGGUGUGUAACAAAGCCUUCACCCAGCGCUGCUCCUUGGAGUCCCAUCUGAAGAAGAUCCACGGGGUGCAGCAGCAGUAUGCCUACAAGCAGCGUCGGGACAAACUCUACGUGUGUGAGGAUUGCGGCUACACAGGCCCCACCCAGGAGGACCUGUAUCUGCAUGUGAACAGUGCCCAUCCAAGCAGCACGUUUCUCAAAAAGACUUCCAAAAAGUUGGCGGCCCUUCUGCAGAGCAAGCUGACGUCCACACUUCGGGAGACUCCCAGCCUAAGUGAAGAGGAGGAAAAAAAGUGAGGAGGAGGAGGAGGAAGGGGAGGAGAGAUACCGAUGCCACGUUUACACGUACUUCAGGUUUUCAGGUGUCUCCCCCCAUACUCAUUCCACUGUCUGCUUUUAGUGACAAGCAUUCAGUUCACCUCUGUCCUUUUGGGACAUCAGCAGUAGGAUGCAUCCCCAGGUUGUCAAGCAUUCUGCCACAUCAGACCCUGUACCAUGUGUCCUAUUGAACUCAGUUGCAUUCACAGGUCUGUUUUCCAUACUCUUGGUGGCCCACGUCACCGUGCAGGGUUUUUGUGUAUGUGUACCUGUAUUUUUUUUUUUUAAAUGGAAUUUUCACACACGAACAGAGGGAUGUUCUUAAAGAGACCAUCAUCUUGUGGUGCCUUGAAAUGCUACUGAAGCAAGGAAAAUGCAUAUUCUUCGGAAAGCGUUUACAAUUAUUUUAAUAAAUGAAGUGUUCGUGUGAAACGUCUUUUAAAAACAAAAUAGUGUUAAGCUUCAGCUCUUUUGUUGAGGGCUUGUGUGAUGCUGGGCUCCAUUAUCUGGAGGGAAGUUGAUGGUUCUGUCUUGGUAGAAUGGGUUUGAGGAAGCAAAUCUUUCAGUUGAGUAGAACAAAUGGUUGGUUGGUGGAACGAAACCAGCACCGAGAGGCAGGCUCAUGGGCAGAUAGGACUUAGAGGGUAGCAUGUGAGAACUCACUGUUCUCCUCUUUCCAUGCCCCUGGGGUUCCUGCAGAGGUCUUCGCUUUUUGGGUUU